AUACAUUUAUUAAAUGAUAAUUUGUCAAAUUCGGAGCUAUUCAAACGUUGUCAUUAUUUAUAGUUAUAGUAAUAUCAUAGUAAUACCUGUCGAGUCUAUUGAGAUGAGUUUAUUGAAUCGAUCUCAAAUAUAAUAGUUUAUAUGAGUAUAAUUUAAGAAAUAAAAUUAAAAUUUGGUUUGAGUAAUUUGAUUGUACAAGCCUUUAUUGUGACAUUAGGCUACCACGUGGUUGGCUUGCACAGUUAACCACGUGCUUCUCUUCGAUUCUUACGAUAUGUUGUCGUAUUCUGUUGUUAGUAAAUAAGUAUAGUAAAAUAUUGGCCAUAAUUAUUUAUCGAUUAGAAUUUUAUAUAUUCUGAAAAUGGCUUGUAGCAAACCAUUUUAUACGUACCAUCCUCCUGGUAUAGGUUGUUUUAAUGAAGAUUAUCCAUUUAUUGUCCCCGAAGAGUAUUAUUACAAUUUGAAUUCGAGCGUUUCUGAAAUACCAUUUGAGCAAUUUCCACAGCAAAUUUAUGCAGGAUGUCCACGUAAUAAGAGAAUCAAUAGAAAUUUUGAUUAUAGAAGAGAUAGAUAUGAAAUUCCUCCUACACCAUUUCAUCCAUUUCAACAGCCAACUUAUUUAGAAUCGCCACGUAAGAGAAGAAUCAGUCAACGUCAGUUUGUUGGUAUUAAAAUGGAGAUAGAUGGAGAUCCUCCUAUUCCAUGGGAACCAUCUCCAGAGCUGUAUUGUUUCAAAUUGCCAAAGGAGGGAAUUGAUCAAAAUGUUUGUUUUAAAAUAGGAACCACUACAUGGAAAUCAAUUCCACAGCCAUUAGAAUUGCCAUGUAAUCAACAUCAAUUUGUUGGUUGUAAAAUGGAGAGGAAGGAAGAGUUCUUCAUUUCUUUUUAUUCAUUUUUAGAGAAAAUAAUGUUAACACCAUCACAGUUAAUGGCAUAUAAAUUUCCAAUGCAAUCCGUUGAUAAAGCUUCUUGUGGUGAAAUUGAUUUAGGUUCUUUAAUAGAAAGAUGUGCUCGUUGCCGCUCUGAAUAUAAUAGUAAUAUUGAUGAUUUGGAUGAUAUAUGUGUUUAUCACCCUAAAAAAGCGAUUUCUGUUCUCCCAUAUGACACAUCCUAUCAGAUUUAUCCAUGUUGCAAUACUGAAAAAGGAAGUAUUGGCUGCACUUUUAACAAUUUUCAUGUAUCAAGUUCAAAGUGCAGAGCAAAUGAUGAUUUUUUAAACACAGCUGAAAAUGACUUUACAGAAAAGAACAUCGUUGUUUUAGAUACAGAAAUGUGUUAUACUAAAUUGGGAUUGGAAAUAACUAAACUGACUCUCUUAUCAUUUGAUGGAAGUUUAUUAUUUGAGACAUAUGUGCAACCAAGAUCACCUAUAAUUGACUAUAACACAGAGUACAGUGGCAUCACUGCAGAAAUGCUUGAGAAGAAUACACUUCGAUUUGAAGAAGUACAAGAAUCAUUAUUAAAUAUUAUUAACAAAGACACCAUUAUAAUUGGUCAUGCACUGGAAAAUGACCUCCAAGCUUUACAUUUUAUCCAUGCAAAAAUUGUAGAUACGUCUGUAAUAUUUGAUUCUGAACGUGGAUUUUGUUUUCGCCCAUCAUUGAAAUCUUUAUCAGAGAAAUAUUUAGGCCAAAUCAUUCAAGAAAAUGCUCAUGAUAGCAGAGAAGAUUGCCAAGUUUGUCUCGAACUUGUUUUGCUUAAAUGGAAUCAUUUUUCCUUAGAACUAAGCAAUAGUUAAAUGAAUUACUAACUUGUAAGCCUGAAAUUUAGAUAUUUGUUAAUGAAUGUCUACAUUUCAGCAUUAUUGGGCAAGAAAUGUAAAAUCUGUGAUUUAUUGGAUUUGUGAUUAAAAAUAUAAAAGAAAAAAUCAUGUAUAAUUUUUAUUUUGGAGAAAUUUUUAAACAUUUGCAACUAUUUUUUAUCUUUGUGAACUAAAAUAUGGAAAAGUUAACAUUUGUCAAGUUUUAUAGGUUUUCUUUUCCUCCUUUUGUAUUGUUAAAAUAGUUUGCUAAUUAGUGUGAUAAAAUUAUGUAAUAUUAAAUAAGAUAAUAUUUAACAGUUUAGAGAUUUCAAAAUUAGUAUAUACUAAGCACAACAUUUUAGUUAAUAAAAAAUACAUGUAAAUUUGAUCCCCUUAUUAAGUUAUAAGUUUAAGAUGUUUCAGUAACUGUUACGUCAA